AACUAUUCUCUACAGCGAAUAUGUUUUAUUUGCUAAUACAACCGGCCACGUGGAGUAUACCUCUAUAUUCUGUGAGAGUUUAAACACAUGAAAUAAACCAGUACAGUGCUUUAAUCGGAUAAAAAAUAUUUGUAGAACUUAUUUAAAAAAGGUCUGUUUUACGUUUUAUAAGUGAAAAGUCAAGACAGAGUAAAUUAACAACAUUAGCUGUUAAAUAUCGAUUAUAAAGAAAACAUUAUGACGAAGGAAAAGUUACACAAUGUCGAUACUGAGGAACAAUUAGAGCCUUUAAACACAGAAACUGGAUCUAAAAAACCCUUAAAGAAGCGACAAGCAUGGGAUUCUAAAUGGCAGUAUAUAUUUAUGGUGAUCAGUUAUGCUGUGGGAUUAGGAAAUGUUUGGAGAUUUCCGUAUUUAGUCCAGCAACACGGCGGCGGAGCGUUUUUAAUACCAUACCUGAUCAUGUUGUUCGCAGAAGGAAUGCCUAUACUGUAUUUAGAGUUUGCUAUUGGACAAAAAAUGCAGAAAGGGACUGUUAUAGUAUGGAACGAGAUAAACCCGCUGUUAGGCGGAAUCGGACUAGCAAGCGCCGUGACGUCAUUUAACGUUGCUAUAUAUUAUAACGCCAUUAUCAUGUGGUGUUUCUUUUAUCUUUUCCACUCAUUCCAAAGUCCACUUCCAUGGGCUUCCUGUCCAACAGAAUUUAACGAGGCUGAAAAUAAAACCAUUGAGGUGGAAGAAUGCGUUAAAGGAGGAUCUACGUCAUAUUUCUGGUACAGGAACGCGCUUGACGUCUCGCCGAGCUUGUCGUCACCUGACGGUAUUAAAUGGAAGAUGUUGCUCUGUCUCAUAUUUGCCUGGUGUAUUGUCUAUGCUUGCAUAUGGAAGGGAAUUAAGUCCUCUGGGAAGGUUGUGUAUUUUACAGCAACAUUUCCAUACAUUGUGUUACUUAUAUUCUUUGUUCGAGGUAUCACACUUCGGGGAGCAGUAGAUGGUCUCCUGCACAUGUAUACACCAAAACUUGACCGGCUUGGUGAUCCGCAAGUAUGGUUAGACGCGGCAACUCAAAUAUUCUAUUCGUUUGGUUUAGGGUUCGGAGGUCUGAUAGCGUUCUCUAGUUAUAACAAUGUACACAACAAUGUACAAAGGGACGCUAUUAUGAUAUCAAUGUGUAACUGGUUUACGGCACUCUUUGCUUCAACUGUCAUCUUUGCCGUCCUUGGUUUCAAGGCCACACUCAUGUAUGAGAACUGUCUGAAACAUAAUUUUGAGAUGUUUGGACUUGCGAACCCAGAACUUGCUAUCAAUCUUACCGAGGAGGCAUGGCAGACAACCUAUAUGAUAACCGGAAACGAAACUGUUGUUUCUGUAGCUAACGCCACGUCAUAUGCCACGUCAUACGUGAUACCAAAUAAUACAUGGACAUGCAGUUUAGAAGAUGAUCUUAACAAUGCAGCCUCCGGUACUGGCCUCGCUUUCAUAAUCUUCACUCAGGCUAUUGUUGAGUUUGGACCCUCAGCUCCGUUCUGGUCAAUUAUUUUCUUUAUGAUGUUGUUAUCCCUUGGCAUGGGUAGUGAGUUCGGGACUAUCGAGGGAUUCACAGCGUCCAUUUACGAUCUGGAACCAUUUCCGGCGAUUACACGGAAAAAAUGGCUAGUCUCAGGACUUAUUUGUGGCUUCAGCUGUCUUGUUGGUAUGUUAUUUGUACUGGGAAGUGGAUCAUACUGGGUCGCCUUAUUUGACAGUUUUGCUGGCUCUUUCCCUCUUAUCACCGUAGCAAUGUCCGAAUGUUUCACAAUAGGAUAUGUGUAUGGUGUUAACAAGUUUGCAGAUGACAUUGAGUUUAUGAUUGGAAGUAGGCCUAAUAUUUACUGGAAGGUAGUGUGGAAAUUUAUUGCUCCAUUCCUGGUUCUUGGACUUCUACUAGCUACAAUUGUCAAAUAUUUCCUCAGCCCAAUCACAUACAAGGCCUAUAAUGCUGAAACUGCAUCAAUGGUUGAUAUGGGAUAUCCCUGGUAUGGUGCUCUCGUCGCUGCUAUCUUAGUCUUCUCGGCUGUUGGUUGUAUACCAGUCAUAGCUUUACUUAGAAAAUUUAGAAUCCUCAACUGGAACUAUUCUAAACAAAUACAAGCAGAGAUGCACGGUCACACCCAGAGUACAGCUAGAUUUAUACGUUCAGUGAGCAGUGUUGAUGAAACGGACUCCGGACUUGAAUUACCAAAUGGAAAUCCACCAUACAGAGAUAACGAUGACAUGCCAGUACAAUCUUCUAUAGAUGACGGAGCUGUUAAAUUUACAGUUUUAAGCUAGGCUAUAUUUCCCACAGCAGAUCUGAGUACACAAAGAAGUCAUGUUAAGUAAAUGUGUGUAUUAAAACAAAAGUGACCUGCUUCACAAUCAUAUUACAUAGUUACACACAGUAUUACAUGCAAUUGUUAAAGAUUAACAUUGUAAAAACCUACAAGGAAUUUUUGAAAAAUGAAAUUUUGAAAAAUGAAAUUCCUUAUAUGUGGAGUUUAUUGAUAAAAACUUAAUGGUAAUAAUAACAAUAAGUACAAAGACAUACAGGUCUAUUAAAAUCAAAUAGAUUUUUCAAAAUUUGUUCAACAACAAAAUAAAAAGAUUAAGACAAUGGUUAUUAAGAAUGACCAAAGUUAAAGAUUAACCUUACAUUACACAGAGAGGACACAUGUUGGGUAUUUAUAUAUACUGACAACAUUGAGCAAGUCCUGAAUGCUUGGUUAUGCCAAGGUGUUUGAUGUAACAUUCCAGGUUAGAGAAUUGAUAUGACGAGAAAUAACCGGUUCUAGAAGUGUUUUGUAUUUAAUAAAGAUUAAAUUAAUGUGCAAGUCAAGUAAUCUUUGCAAUAAAUGUUGUUAGCAUGGCAGCUACUUGAUAACCAUGACAGUAAAUGAGUAUAUUAGUUUUAAAAAAUAUAGGAGUUUUUUAGACAUGGUAAGCUCCAACUAAGAACAUAAGUUAGCUCUAAUUCCUGACCUCCUGUCACUGUCAAAAUGAUUUUCUUUUUGUGAUGAUAUUGACUUAUCCUACUUACUUCUUUCUCUUCUGGACAAAGCAAAUGUCACUGUGUAAUGACAUUGACUUUCACAACUUACUUCCCCGCUGGACAAAGCAAAUGUCACUGUGUAAUGACAUUGACUUUCACAACUUACUUCCCCACUGGACAAAGCAAAUGUUUUUAGAUAUGAUUUACAUCAUUUUUGCUCACCACUUGACAAUGCUGUGUAAUGACAUUGACUCACACCACUUGUUCACAAUUUGACGAUUUAGUGUAAUGACAUUCACUUGUUCUCCACUGAUAAAAUAUCUAAUUGUGUGAAAGGCUUGUAGCUGCAUUACAUUUUAAUUUCUAUUGAUAAUUAUCACAUAUUUCAUUUUCUUGCAUAUCAGACAGGACUAUCUUAUCUUUUACCCGGUGCUAGAAAAAUCUGUCUUACACCCCCUAUGUAAGACAUUAGUCUCGUGUUUUAAAUGAUGUCAUUCCCACUCGCCUUUAAUGAAUGAAUUGCCUUCUUAAGAUGACAUAAUUUUGCAGUUAUGAAUGAAUGAAGACAGAAAUAUGUAACUCCUUGGUAACUGUUUAGUAAUAUGAAAGUUAAAAAAACCAAGCUAUUGUCAAAGAUGGUAUAUGUAGCUCUUGGGUAACUGUUUAGUGGAAAUUCCACAGAGCCUCAUUACUGCAUUAAACAAUUAUCCUCUAGCUAGAUUUUCCGGUCUGAACCGGCUCCAUGUAAGAUUCUUAUAAUCUAUAGUGCCCCCCCAACUGACAAUAACAAAUCUCUCAUUCAAAAUGGAUUAAAAGUGUUUGAUGUAUUUUAGGAACAGUUUGUUAAAUAGAUUUUAAAGGAAUUAAGCUACAUAAAAAAUGUGAUCAAGUAUUUCAUUGGUCAAUAUUCAUCUAAAUCUUUAAGUUCACUUAUGGAGAUCUCCAUUUGAAAGCACAUUUUGUUUUGUUUAAAAGUUUGCAGAUGUAGCAAGGGAGGCAACUGUAUUAUAAUUAUAUACUGACAAAUUUCUUUCAAAAUAUGUUUGUAAAUACUUGAAGUAGCAUGAAUAUUAAGGAAGAAUAAAAUGCUUGAGUGCUUUAUUAUUAUCCUUGUUAUGCCUUAUGUGUAACGUUGUACAUUUAUAAAAAUAGUAAAACAUUUGUAAACUAUGGUGGGAAAUAUGGGUCAGUGUAUACAUAUCAUUGACUAGCUUACACUGAUAUGUUACAUGCUAGAACAACUGUGUUUGCUUCAAAGUGAAUGUUAAAAUAACAAAAUCUAGGUUCUAUGUUGUUCAUACAAACAAUAAAUUCUGUGCUGUUCUUAGAAUAAACUAACUAUCUUUUUCCUUAUUGCUUAGAAUUCAAGUACAUGAGAAUAUUAUAAUACAAGUUUUUGGGUACUCUUGAACUCUUGAGUGUUCUCCGUUGAAUGUAAGCCACUUUUGUUGUUAAAAUAAUCAUUUGUGUUUUUAGUGUUCAAACAGUUAAUUGGUGUACAACAUUAUCAGUACAUUCAUAUCUUAUAAAGCAAAAAUAUUGUAUAUAAUGAUAUUGUUUUUUAUAACUUUGUUCAGCUUUUCAGCAUUAAAAUUGUCUGUGAUGUAAAAUAAAAUAAGUAUUUGCAGUAGACACCUUUCCUUAGCAUUUUAUCCCAUUCAUUAGUGGUUAGGGUUAGUUUAAUCCCUUUGUUUUUUUUUUCUUAUUUUGUAAAUAAAUCUUGAAUGUGAAGUGUAAAAUAUUUACAUUGCUGAUGUUAAAUCUGAGGUAUUACAUACUAAUUGUUCUGUACAUCUUAUCAUAUUUUGAUGUACAUAUAUGCACAUACAUAAUUAUAUACAUGGUCUUCAAAACAACAUUUAUGUUAUGUGAUACUGCUUAUAAAACUAAUUUAGGGCAAUUAUCUUUACUUUCAUUAUUAGUUCAUUUUGACAUUAUUUCAUUAGACUUUGUGCAUGAAAAAAUGUCAUAUAAGGAUCAAGGACAUCUGAAUAAUAGUCCUGAAAGGUCAACAACAUGUAAAUAUUAGUCAUGUUAGGUCAAGAACGAGUAAGUAUUGGUCAUGUAAGGACAUGUAAAUAUUGGUCAUGUAAGGUCAAGGACAUGUAAAUAUUAGUAAUGAAAGGUCAAUGUCAUGUAAAUAUUAGUCAUGUAAGGUCAAGAACAUGUAAAUAUUAGUCAUGAAAGGCCAAUGCCAUGUGAAUAUUAGCCAUGUAAGGUCAAGAACAAGUAAUUAUUGGUCAUGUAAGAACAUGUAAAUAUUAGUCAUGUGAGGUCAAGGACAUGUAAAUAUUAGUCAUGUAAGGUUAAGGACAUGUAAAUAUUAGUAAUGUAAGGUCAAGAUCAUGUAAAGGUCAAGUAAGUUUAAAUACAAAAAUAAGCUAUGUAAUAUGCCAGCUACCUGUAUAUUAUUAAUGAAUGGUAAUUACCUAUAUGACCUUUAUGACCUUUUAACACGUAACCUGCCAAAUCUGUGAAAUAGAAAUUGCCAAGCUUUCAAUUUGGAACAGUCCAUUCUAAUUUCAAAGUAAUUGAAUAAAUAAAUACAAAAAAUGAGCUACCAGCAGUAUAGAGCCAGGUCAGACUGCACAAUUGUGAAGGCUGGCCUUGCGGUUGCAUUACUAAGGUCAAGGGUAAACAACUAUACCAUUAGUUACAGUAUGUUCUUCACAUUCAUGUUUUAUAAUUACUCAUGUAAUUGAUUGUUAAUAUCAUAUAUAAGAUUAUCAUCAAUAUUUUGUUAAAACUUUUAUUAUAAAUUUUUAUGACAUUAUUAUUCAUGUUGAAUCAUGUUUUAAUUUCUUUGAUGCCUCACAGAAGAAAAUUGUUAUGCUCAAUUUGACAGCAUUUCAAUAUUAAUAUGCUGCAGAAAAUAAUAAAAAAAGUGCUCUUUUACUACUGGCAUUACAUUACACCUUUAAAUGUUUUAUGUGACUUAUAUAAUGUUAACUUUCAAAUUUUGAUACAACAUACAUGCACAAUUAUAUACCAGCAUUUGAGAAAAAUGGCUUCUAAUGUUUGGAGGAUAAAGGAAAAAUCAACAUUAAAUUUUCUUGCACAUUAUGUGAUACUUCAUUCAGAUUUGUUUACAAUAUUUCAUCAUUUAAAUAAUUAUAUACAAAUUUGUGUAGACAUUGUAUUGUGUUAAAUGAGAGGUUUCUAUUAUUUAGUCUUAAUGUCUGACUUUUUCAUCCAACGAGAAGGCCUAAAUUUUUGACACAGUCUAUUUUCAAUAAACUGUCUCCAGCAGCAUUGAUUUAAUCUAUCAUUUAAAUGUUAUGUCUAACUGGGUAAAGAUCAUGACAAAAUGUAGGUCAGUUAGUUAGAUGCUAAUAAAAAAAAUGAAACGAUUUAAACAGCUACAGUUGAUCCUACGUUCUUCCUGUUAUUUUUUUUAAAUCUGUUUUUUUAUUAUUAGCAUCUAACUUAUACAUAGACCGCACACAUUUAUAUAAAAAUUAACAUGCAUGUAACUAAACAUGGAGUACACUGACUGGAUAAUGUAAUAAACUAAUAUAGAAAAUAUAAUAUGUUUAUAUAAUAUGUAGAUAACAAUUUAGGAUUCUCUCAGGGAUUGUAGAUUUAUUUGUUGCAUUUAUAAAAAUAGAGAUGUUGUUAUAAACAAUACUGAGAAAAUAUUUAAAGUUACGACAGUACAUGUCUCUUAGCAAACAGACAUUUUAUUAAUUAAUUAUUUAACUGUAUUAUACAAAUCAUAAAAAAAACAUUCAUUUAUCAUUAAAUAUAUAUAAGUUGAGAUUUCACCAAUUGUUAAAAUGAUUUUAUGAAUUUGUUAUAUGGUAAAGGUUUUCAGCUAACAGCUAAAGUGGUUAUAUAAAUUUGUUGUUGUUAUAAUCAAACUAUAUGUUACAUGUGAGAUUUCAGAAAUUUGUUUUUAUGAUUCUAUGACUCUAUGUUAUAUGGUUAAAAUUGAAAUUCAUGGGCUAAAGUGGUUAUAUAUAAAUUGGAUGUAAUCAUAGUAAAUGAUAAAAGUUGAGAUUUCCACAACUGGCUAAAGUUGUUAUAUGAAUUUGUUAUUAAUCAUACUAUAUGGUAAGAAUUGAUAUUUCAGCAAUUAAAUAAUGGUAAUAUAAGCAUGGUCAUAAUUUAUGGUACAAUCUGUGGAUUUUUCUUUUUUUAUUUGCCUAUGUGUAAUUAAGCAUUCAUAAGAAAACAUGUAAAUGUGCUAUCAUAAUUAUAUUGUUGUGUAAAUAUAAACCAUAUAAUCAUCUUCAACAGAAUAAAACAUAGCAUAACAGUUUUCAUUUCGUGAUGCAACACCAUAUAUGUUUGGAAAAGGAAGUUUUGAUCACCUCAUGUUUUUUUUUAUUAUAUCAGAAUCUCAAGUUUUGUUGCCUUUAAUUUUAGAUUGAGAUUGAGUUGAGUAUAAUGUAAAUAUUGUAUAUUGUAUAUACAUGUGUGUAUGUGUGUGUGUGAAAUAUUCUACUUCUUUGUUUUCAACAAUUUUAUUGACAUUUAUGAUUUAUUGACAUAAAUACUUUUCCAAGGGCAUGUUAUAAAUAUAUAACUAUAUAUAUUGCACAGGGUUUAUCAAUAUUAAAUCUUAGAUUAAUAAACUUUGUGCAAUAGAUUGUUAUUUAUUUAUUGUUUCUAAAGUUGUUUCUAAUGUGAAUAUUUCUGCUUUAUAAAGAUUAUUCUACAAAACAUAGAAUUAAAAAAAGAAACCAUUUUAAAUGUUUAAAAGAGCAUUGCUAAAUCUUAUCAAAGCUCUACGCUUCGUAGUGAGAUAUACUUAAUAUUCUAUUUGAGCACAAAUUGUUUUAUACACUGUUCUUAUUUAUUUGAUAUACAUGUAUAUUAUAAUAGAAUGAUCUACAGUUACAUUUGAAUGGAACUCGUUUUUACUUAUCAACAUUUAGACAUAUGCCUCUAUCACAAUAAAUAUUAAUAAAGAAAUAAUUGAACUGAUGUUAUGAAAUCAGUUCAUGAAUAAUAUCAUAUAUUAAUAGUUUACUCCAAAAUUGUUACAAGAAAUUUAAUCUGUAAACUCUUGACUUCUGUAGUUAGGGUUCAAACUAUGUCAGCUGGUUUGUUAAUUUGUUAGAAUUACAUGAAUGUUAUAAACAAUGUACUAUAUAAUAAAUAGAGAACUUAUAGAACAAUUUUAUACUGAACAAAUGUAUGCUAAAUGGAAAUUAAAAAUGUCAAUAUAAUGAUU